CACUCCGCACGGGGGGUGUGGCUCAGACAGGAGUUCGUGUGGCCGCAGAGGAAAACAGCCGCUCGAGCAAAAUGUCCUCAGUGCCCGACGGAAAGAAGCUGGUCCGCAGCCCCAGCGGCCUCCGCAUGGUGCCGGAGAGCGGCGCCUUCAACAGCCCGUUCGCCCUGGAAGAGCCGCGGUGGGUCCCGGACAAAGAGUGUCCGAGGUGUAUGCAGUGUGACACCAAGUUCGACUUCAUCAGAAGGAAGCACCACUGUCGGCGGUGCGGCCGCUGCUUCUGUGAUAAGUGCUGCAGUAAGAAGGUGGCGCUGCCGCGCAUGUGCUUCGUGGACCCGGUGCGUCAGUGCGCCGAGUGCAGCCUCGUCUCCCAGAAGGAGACGGAGUUCUUCGACAAGCAGCUCAAAGUGCUGCUGGCAGGAGGAACCUUCGUCGCCACGCUGGGAACGUCCGAGAAGUCAGAGACCAUGACGUGUCGCCUCUCCAACAACCACCGGUAUCUGUUCCUGGACGGCGAGAGCCACUUCGAGGUGGAGUUGUCUCGGAUGAACAGCAUGCAGAUCCUGACGGACGGGACGAGUCCGGGAGAGAACGACAAUCACACUUACACCAGUCUGCUGGACAGUCACUGUGUCUCUGAAGGAGGGACGUCGCGGGCCAGCGGCAUGCUGCUCCACUACAAGCCAAUGGGCUCGCAGGACGCCCAGCAGCUCCGCAUGGAGGCGGCCGACGACAAGAAGGUCGCCGCGCUGUGGUUGGCUGCGAUGCACAAGGCGGCCAAACUGCUGUACGAAGCUCGGGACCAGUGACGCGACGCCGAGCGGCUGCACGCGUGUUUUUAACGCCCAGGCAGCAAAACACCUAAGUGUUUCCGUACCCGUCCCAGCGGGGACUUCGGUAUCUUUUAGAUUUUUUAUUAACGCCAGUUCUGAUCCUGCCUCUCCGCCCGAUUCCUCGUCGGUUCCUUGAUACCAGUUCUUCUUAUCAGAAACUUUAUUACCUCUAUAACCAGUGUUUACCACACAUACGCUGAUUGUUCUUUUUCUUCUCUUUGCUUUAAUGCAUAAAUCAGGGGAUGCAGCAGAAACGUUCAUACAUGAAGAAGAAGCUCGUUAGUUUCUGUCGCUUUGUCUUUAAACUCCUGUGACAUUACACCUUCCAUAAAAAAAACAUUUUUCAUAACUUCGGAGAUGCGUCAGGUGUUUUUUCCUGACGACACAAUAACUUAAUAUGCUGCUGUUCAUAUUUUUAGUUGUGUGUGUAUAGUGGACGAGGAUUUUAUUUCCUUGUAGAAGGGAUGAGACACUUUAUGGAUCCCUCCCUGUGGGGGACUUUUUUUUGGGGGGGGGGGGGGGGGGGGGGGGGGGGGGGGGGGUUUGCUCAAAGGACCUUCGGCAGAACCGAGAUCUCCCAGAUAAAAAACAUGGUAGAAUUAUCGAAAAUUCACCACCACCGCAGCAUAUAUUCCUGAAAUGCAAACAACAUCACACUUUCAUUCACUUUAUAUAUAUAAAAGUUUACAGUUCAGUUUUAGAUUGAAGCGGCAUCAUUAAAAAGUUCAGGUGACACGUUAUCGUUUUCCUUUCUGCUGGAUUGUGUCAGUAACCUUUUCUCUCUGCUACGAGUAUUUACACAUUUAAACCUUCAGGCGUCUAAGGAAGCUACAGACGAUUCACCGACUCUAGUGACGUAUAUAAACACAGAGACGUAUAAACGCUUUAAAUGUAGUUUCAUGUAUUGGAAGUUUUGUACGAGCUAUUUUGUUUAAUAUUCCUACUUCAACACAAUAGUUUUUGUAACACUUGUAUACAGUUCUUCCUUUUUUCUCUCUCCUUCCUCCACCACUUAUAAACAGCCUGUUUCUAACUUUUCAUACGAUCGAUGUGCAGAGUCACGACCCAGGAAGUCAAAUCAAAACCUUCCAUCAACCAAAACGCAGUUCACUUGGUUUUGUCAGUUUGGCAGCUUGUUGUUGUCGGUUGUGCAUCCGAGGAUUCAGACCUUUUACAAACUAAACUCUUGUGUCGGUCUGCUGCUUUUAUACUCUGAAAAUUACAAUUACAUUCAUGUGAAGUUAACUUGACAUUUCUUAUACAGAUGUUCUUUGUCCCCCAUGUUUGUUAUAGUUCCCACAAAUCCACAAUUUAUCCUCAACCUCCUCCUUCAAAGCCCCAGUGUGUCAUUUUUGUAAUUUUUUCUGGCGGCAUCUGGUGGUAGAGUUUGCAAAUCUCAACCAACUUGAGCGACCGACAGGGGACACUUUAUGGUGGCGCACCGCUGAUUCAAUUUCCUAUUUUUGCACGUAUUGCCGUAUACAACAGGACGUAGAAACAUGGAGACUCACACGGAGGUCGGCUCCACCUCAUGGAACUAUAUUUAACUAUAUUAAAGUUGAUUAUACAUAUACAUCGAUAUGGACAAUAUAUUCAAUUACAGUGAAUAAGUUUUUCUAAAUAUUACACACUGUAGCUUUAAGUUGUGAAACUCAAAAACUGUACAAAGAUUUUUUUUUGGAGGUUAACUUUGGAGGCUGUAACUAAAUCAAGACGUGUAUCUGUAACAUUCUUUAAUCUUAGACACGUUUCAGUUUAAACAUGAAGUGAAUAUUUGCACCUAGCGAAUUAAUUCAAGAUGAUGUAAUAUUUUGUAGAGAAAGAUUCAUCUUAGUUCAGCAUUCGGCAAAACCAGCUUUGUCCCCUCGUCACUCGCCGCCGCGCCAGACUGUUAAAGCUUUAUUGAAAAAGCAUGUGUGACGACAAACUGAGCAAAGUCCGUCUGCUGAGGUAGAACGUGAGAUGCAGUUGUUUCCCUUAAAACACUUAAAAAUUAAUAGAAUCAUAAAUGUACAGUUUUACUUUAGUUGCUGACACUGUGUGUGUGUUGUUGUUUUUGUCUGGCUAAGAUCAAAAAGUGUCAUUGACGUCACGUGUGCAUCGUCUUCCCUGUUUCUUUGUCCGAGUCUUGAUGAAGGAUUUGGUUUAACGGAGCACAGAGUGGUUUGACCUUCGACCAAGUGACCCCCCCCCUCCCCUUCCACUUUGUAAUGUAAAGUUUAUUUUUAUACGCUGCUCACCUAAGAAUUGAAGUCACACUAGUUUGUCAUGUGGUUUGACGGAGAAGAAGAAGACUGUGAGGAUUUGAGUGGUCGGACUUCCGGGUUCAUCCGGUUGUGUUUGUUUGUUCAACACUAGUUUUUCCAUGAUAACGUCUUUUCUAUUAUAUGUCUGUUUGUGGAGGAGAUGGAUGAGAGGGCUGCACAGUUUAUCAUUUAAAAAUGUAUAAUAUUUAUCAAAUGAAAUGCAUUAUCCCUUUAGGUGAAAUUGGAAAAUCUUAAUCCUCUGAAUCUUCCAAUUUAAUUCCAAGAUAAAAUUGGAAAACUGGAAAUUUUGUCGCUUUUUCUUGACAAUAUCAAAAUGUUUUGUCAAAAAUACACUGACAUUGAUCAUAUGUCACUAACUGUGCAGCCACUUGAAACUAUCUCCACUUACAAGUUGAUCUCGAGUUUUAUUUUGUCGUUACUUUGCGCCACCUGUGACAUAACCAAGUUAGUAUUUGUGGCCACGCCCUGAAUUACUGUGCCCUCUCAUGAUCCCACGUCUUCGUUUAUUAUACUGAAAAUACUACACUCACCCUUUGUUGGAUUAUUCUGAUGAGAAUAAAGUCAAGUGUUUAUACAUA